CGAUGAAACCUCAGCUCGGAGACGCGGUUUACGACUUGACCGGCUGGCGGAAGCUUCAUCCAUCAGGGGAGCACUGGAUCGAUCGCUUCGCGGAGCGAGACGCGACAGACGUGAUGGCGGCGUUCCACUCGGACGAUGCGUUCGACCGACUCAAGACGCUCCCUGUGGUCAAGGGGAAGGCUGGCGUGGAGCCCGAUGACGUCACUAAGAACUACAGGGCGUUCCGGAAGGAGCUGGUGAGAGGUUGA